AGGCACGCUGGCACGUCCCUCAGCUUUCUCGGCUGAGCAAGCGAGGCAUUGGACGCUACGCGAUAGUCCAAGCUCUCCUUAUUUUUUUAACGCUUUAAAUAAAUAAAAGUAAGUGUUAAAAAUGUGGUUUAAGCCGUUCGUUAAAAUACCGCGAAGAGAGUAGUGACGAAAAUAAUAAUUGUGUGUUUUUCAAUGUGUGCGAUUCGUCGCACCGAACAGUGCGAGGGAGAAAGAGAGCGAGAGAAAAAACAAAACAACGGAACGGCGAUCGUCUCCGUCUCACGCCCUAAGCCUCCUCGUCUCCCUCGGUUUUCCGUCUCGCUCUAAUUUCUACGUAAUUUUCAUUGCGAAACGUUCGUUUAUUUGCUUCGUUACUCCUUGUGAAUUUGCGUGUUGAUUUCCAUCGAUUACGUCGAGCAUAGAUAAAAAAAUAUGAUUCAUAUUCAGUGGCAGCGCAUCGUGAAUUCUUCGGGUGUUCUCAACGUCAUGACGUACUGAUGCUGAACAACAAUACAUUUUGACAUCACCGACAUUAAAGUUGAAGGUGACAUUUGACGGAUACGAUUAUGCUCAGAGAAGAAAGCAUUGAAUCACGAUGCUGACAGUAAUGUGUCCGAAUUGUCGACAUCGUUUCCCGGCUCCAGGCUGUUGCAAUCCGGGGGCGCAAGGAACGAUAGUUGCCAAUAAUGAGGACGAGGGAAGGAGGAUGCUCGAGAGGAGUGAAACACCGAAAAAGAACGAGGCUUUUUACGGCGGUGGAUAUUUGCUCGUGCCACGGGAAUACGGGGAGAAUAAUCGAGGCUGCUUCAUCAAUGCGCCGACAAUAAUUCACGGACCGACGAUCAUUCAGCAGCCGACGAUAUUCAACAAGAUCGGAAACGAAUCCCGGGAUAAUGAUAAUUGGAUCAAGUCUUUCAACAAUCAACACCAACACGCAGGAAUAAAUGUCUCGAAUUUGGAAGAUAUUUUGGGCCUGGACGAGACGAAAAUUGCGACGAGGAUGAACGAUUUUUCCAACUGUCACAUUGACACGACCUGCGAUUUGACCGGCGGUACCGUGACCAUAACGACGCCGAAUAUACAAUCCGGCGGCUGUUUGAUACGGAACAAGGACACCGAAAUCACUGUACAAUCACCGAGAAUCGAAAUCAGACCGAAAUUAUCGGUAGGCGGUGGCUAUUUCGUUCAAAAACAUUCGCCCGUCGAUUUGAUCGGCAGCGGAUGUUUGUCUCAUCGAGAAAACAACACGAGCCAAUCGCCCUCGUCGUCCUGCUCUUCGCCGUGCGAUACAAACCCAGAAAAUACCUCGACGAAUGAAAAUCUCGAAGGAUUUUGUCUUUGGCCACCGAGCGGCUGUCAGGAACUGCCGGGCAUCAGGCGCUCCCAAUCGAUCACCAGAAAUCCCUCCUACAAUCUCCGUUUCAACGAUCCCACCGACAAAAUUCAUUGCAACAAUGAUUUAAACUCCCGUUACAAUAACCAAGAGUCAGCCGAAGAUCGGAGCUCGCCACAAAACUCAAGCCCUCACUCCAAUUGUUGCUGCUCCGGUAAAAACAAGAAAGAAUCAUCCUCCGGGAGAAACACCGAGAGAAAUUCCCCCCCUUGCGAUCCAUCUUCCAAGGACAACGUCCAAUGUUCCACCAAGAGAAAAUCUUCGAACGAGCUCUCUUCCGGCUCAAUGGAAAUUCGCGUUAACGCCACCGUCCAGUUGCCACCGAACGUCGAACACUGCACCGUUAAUAUUACUGCGACCACCGCCAAUCCCGGCUCCAAUGAUUUCUCGAAAAUCGUCGGCGGCUCUUCUCUCCGACGCGACAACUUCAACGGCGGUGGACUCGUCCAUUUCGACACGAACAACGAGAGCACCGACAACGAGCAGCGACACGAAGAUCCACCGACUACUCCACUCUCGUGGCUCAUGCCCUGCCCCUGGGGAUUCGACAAUUAUUCCAUCGACAAAGACUUCUCGAGGCUUAAGGAAGUCAAGAGAAUACUGCAGAUCAGCGGCUGGUAUCACGAGGGCCUCAGCUGGCAGCAGAGCGAACAACUUUUGAAAAAUACUCCAGUCGGACGAUGGCUCAUGCGGGACAGCUCCGACAGCAGAUUCGUUUUCGCUGUUUCCGUUCAAACCGCUCGCGGACCCACUUCCGUAAGGGUCCAUUAUUUCCUUGGACGCUUUCGCCUCGACGCCGAACCUCGACUCAGCCUCGCGAUGCCCCUUUUCGAAUGCCCCGUCAAAAUGCUCCAGCACUACGUCGAUUAUUCCAAACGCAUCGACGAACACCGCAAAGAAGUGUGGGUCGACUACAGCGGACAACUGUACAGUCAAAUUUAUCUCACCAAACCUCUCGUCAAGGACGUUCAGAGCUUGUCACAUCUCGCUAGAAUCGCCGUUAAUAGAUACAAAUUAAACACCCAACUUCUUCCACCGCUCAUCAAAAAUUAUCUCGCCGAAUAUCCUUAUAGCUUGUAAAACAUUGUGCUCUUUUUAUUCUUUCUUCGUUACACCGAGAACUCCUUCGUUCGAUACGGUAUACAAUCGAUUAAACUUUGACAAUAAGACAAACCAUUACGACCGAUUAAACGUUGCUCGAAGUACUGACUUUUUACAAGAUUGUUCAAACUCGUGUUGAAAGCCACAUUCAAAUGGCUUUUUUCAACAACAAAUUAUGACUUAAUCAAAUUUUAAAAGUUUCCUUCCUCCAGCUGUUCACUUAUCUUCGGAUCAGCUGCAAAAAUUGUUUGGAAAGUGAACAAAAGGAGUCAUUGCGAUCAUGCGAAAACAUUUUUAGAUAUGGAAAGUUGAUUUUCAUGUCGAUAGAAAUUCCGAUUUUGUUCGUUCAUUCGAAUUUAUUGUGUUUCUUGUUGUUUCUGCAACUCUAUACUUCAAUUGAUCGAGUUGAACGGGUAAGAUUGUGUGGAAACAAUUAAUAAGCAGGAAGAUAAUUGAAGAAUAAUUGUUGUUGGAAGAUAACGAAAAAUCGCUCGCGCAACGCCCUCGAAACGCGCCUUCGCGUUUGCCUCUUCCAGGCGGAACUUGAAAUUGUGUGUUCAUAUUGUUUUUUUCUUCUAUUCGCUUAUUUUCACAAUCAAUCGAUCGAAUUGUACGACCAAAGAAAAACUGGCGAGAAAGACGCGAGAUUAACUGUCUCUUCGAUUGUUUAUUUAGUACUAAAACUGGUGGAUGAAGAAACUUUGAAGGAAUGACCUUCUACAGACGUACUUUAGUCAAAUGAAUUAGGAAUAAAUUUAAUGACGGUGAAGAACGAAUAAAAGGCAUAAUAUUCGGGCGCUCGACAUUCCGAUUAAUGUCGACGGUAAAUUUAUUGAUCAGAAGGAAUCUUCGACGAUCGAACCCCAAGAAAGGAGAAAAAUAUUUUUUUCUAGCAUUUUGCAAGAAAAAUUUAUCGACGCUGACAUUUUUAAGGUUUUCUUUUUUAACGAAGAUCCGUAAAAAAAUGUUCUUAUAUCUUUGUGUCAUAUAAGAUUUAUAUGCGUUUAAUAAGAUAUAUUUGUUAUUUUAGCUUUCAAAAUUUUGUAAGUGCGAAAGCUUCGAUAUUUUUCCUUCGUGGGGUUCAUUGGAGGGAUCGUUGAUGAAAAAAACAAUGAAAAAUUAGGAAACUUUAUAUACAUACCUUAGUAUCUUGGAAGUGGAAUGGAGACUAGCGAAUUCGUUGAAACUCGACGACACGAAAAAAAUGAUAAAUCAAUUGAUCGAUUGCCGCGUGUACGAGCUGUUUCUCUAUGUUUUGUAUAUUUCAAAGUAUCAGCGAUUCUUAUUAGAAUGCGAAUGGAUUCAGGCUCGUUAAAUACAAUGGAUAUAAAAGCGUUUGCAUACUUAACACUUUGGACGAAUGAGCCACGUUGAUUUAUUUUAAUACGACUCAAAACGCGUGCCAGACAAAUGGUCAGGGUUACGAAAAUUUCGAUUAUUUUAUAUUUUCGUGUUGCAAUGGAAAAUACAAAAAAAUUGUGUUGUUGAUCGGAUGUGUUAAUGGAUUAAGUAAUGCCAGAAAUGACGAGUCAAUAUUGACGAUACUAAAUUAAUGACGAAAACAACGAUGACAGUAUAAUUGAAAUACUUCGAUUAUAAUCGAAUUUCAAUUCGCUCCAAACUCUCUUUUUAUUAGACUCCGACUUAUAUCUAAUCUGAAAAAAAAACCGAACCAACACGCUUAUGUGAAAAAGCACGUAUUUUAAAGAUCAAAUAUCCGUUGUACAAAUUCAAGAAAUAACGAAUGGAUUUUCGUACAUUUUUUUCUCCUCCAGUCAUAGAACAUUUCAUUGAAAACUAAUCACUCAAUUGUUUCAAAGCUCGUAUCGAAUGUGAUGCAAUUUUUAACUUUCGAACGAUUAUCUCAGAUGGGAAAAACAAUGAUGGCCAUUCGCCUUUUUUCUUGUGAGACUGUGCAGCACAUUCAAAUCUGGCCUCCUCAUUAUGAAAAUUCAUUAUAUAAAAACAAUAUAAAUGGAGAAAAUAAUCGACGACCCUAUCUCUAUAUUAGAGAUAAUAUUUCAUCAGUGUUCAUCGUAUUAAUAAUAGUUGUCAUUAAAAUAACAAAGUGUUAAACAGCGAGGGGAUUAUGUGGACCGGAAGUCCGAGUAGUGCCUCGAAGAGAGACUUAUAAGCCGUAACUGCCAUUUGUAUAUUAUUAUAAUAUUCGUUUAUUUAUCCUCUCCAGAUGUUUCCUCUUCUUUCCUUUCCGACUGUCGAAAUGGUCAUUUCGUGCGUCGUCAUUGUACGCUUUCUUUAUCUCACGAACCUCUCUGUCCCUAUUUCUGUUAAGGUGCCUGUCCACGUGAGAGCAAAGUCGCUCUCGAGAGUAGUGCUCGCCAGUGGACACGCUGCCGAGAGUAAAUGCAGGCGUGUUACUCUCAGUCGUGAGAGUACUCCCGAGAACAACUUUCAGAAUUUGUUCUCACGUUGACAGGCACCUUUACCAAUCUCUCUUUGGUAUCCCGACCUUUCCCAAUAUUUACGUACGUUUUAUAAACUACGCAAUUAAAAUCAUUCAAAAAUGUAUGUAUUUUGUAUAAUUAUAACAAUGUAAAAUGUAUAGAAACAUGAAGUUAAAUUAUUAAAGAACUAUUUAUUGUCAAAAA